AUGCCUACUUCUGUAGCCGAGAAAGUCAGGGGUCAUGUGAAAUGGUACAGUGUCGCAAGGCGUUAUGGGUUUAUUAGUCGUAACGACGAUGGCGGCGAUCUAUUUGUCCAUCGUUCGGUCAUCUCUUCGUGUGCAAGGCGCAUUCCGUCCUUAAGGAGUGGUGAGGAGGUUGAGUUCAAUGUCGUCGAAACGAACCAUGGCGUGGAGGCCAAUUACGUGACUGGUCCUGGUGGUCAGCCGGUGAAAGGCAUCAAGCCAGUCUAUAGACGGUUCCGCACUACCAGUGAACCAAACAUGGAUCCUAAUUCCACACCCAAUGCGGCGUUCACACCUGAGGCGGAACACAUUCGUCCAAAACAAGGUGGUCGUCGCCCUAGAGGUCCACGUCAGUCUUCCAAUCGAGUGCUCUCCGCCGGAGAAGGAGAGCAUCCCGACAAUGGAAAACAUGAAGGACCCAACGGCACCACACCGAAUCAACUGAACGAACAUACGGCUGUCGAUGGCCAUUCUCCAAAUCACACCGUUCCGCGCCAACGUCGUCGACCUCAACGACGUACUCCGAGACAUCGAAGUGCACCAACUGCCGAUACAGGAGACAACAUGGAUGACGAUCAAAACGGUUUAGAGCACGAUGCACACACGCCAGUCGCGAGAUACGACGGCAGAGGACACCCUCGACCGUUCAGACGCCCAUUCCGCCAACGUGGCGGUUUCCGCUAUAUGAACGGCUAUGCUUACGGGCAAAAUUACAUGGUUCACCCUGUUGGCCCGCCGCCAUAUCAGAACCGGUUCAGACCAAUGGGAGGAUACAGAGAUGGAUUCGAUCAGGGUCCAAGGAGAAGAGGAUUUGGUGGUGGCUAUCCUCGGGGACCUCGACGAAGACCUCCCACAACUGGAGACCAUGCACCACGCUUAAACGGACAAAUCGGUGUGGACAAAGAACAACUUGCUGCAUCCGCUGAUGUUGUACCAGGUGAAAGCAAUGUUCCCGAGGAUGCAGUCGCGGUCAAUGUCACCGUGUCUGCACAGAACCUAGUCAUACAGGCCCAGGUAGUACCGGACUCAAUGAAUACACCCCAAGAACAACCAUCUGAAUCCACCGAAUUGGCUGAUAUGGUAACGACCACUGGCGAUGCUCCGAGGGAACAAAACCCAGCCACUAUCGAGAGACCUGUGACCGAGGCUGCAGUUGAUCCGAAGGCUGAGCUGAACACAGCAAACAUGCUACAAAAUACUGCUGAUACAGACGCCUACCAUCCAGAGACCGGGUCAGAAUCCAAAGAUGAACCAGAACCUGACCCGACUGUGGAAGACGUCAUUGAAGGCGUUCAACAGAUAGCAUUACAUGAUGGGAAACUGGUGUCCACUACAGCCGCGGGCGCUCUCGAUGCACCGGUCAAGCAGGAGGCCGAAUAGCCUCUCCAAUGUGACUGCCUCGAUUGUUAUGAAAUGCGUUUAUUGCAGGUUUACUUCUGUUUUCGAACUUGUUUGGCCUCUGGUCGUCCUGUUCCCAUUUGAGCCACUUCUUACUAGAUUUUUUCCAUACAGCCAAAUCCAUCUCCAUAAGCACCUGAUUACUGCCACCACUUUCACCAGCAUCGAUUCUUACGUGUGUUUGCCUUUGCAUUUGCUUGCCAAACAACCCAAUUCGAACUAAAUGUGUGGACGUAUAUAAUUUCACACACACGCAAAAAGCCACGUGUUUUUCCAUUCGCCUCCGGGAAGUGGAUUUUGCUGGCUAUUCCUCCUCUCAGGCGUUUUUGUCUGCUGCUGCCGCUGCUUGUCUACUUGGUGGCGGUUGGGGGUGACUAGUGUGGCGCCAGUUUGCUCCUCUCCUCCAGCCUUGUAGUUUUUACUACAAACCACCCCAUUCUGUAGUUUUUCUACUCUCAGUUACCCUUUUCUAUGCAUUUUUCACCCCCGAAUCCCGCUGUUCUGCGAUCCAGUUUCAGAUCGGCCCAGAUUCGCUCUAUUCCUUCAAGCUUAACGUACAUUCAUCCGCCUUUUUCCUGUAUCAGUGUACAAACGACUUUCACCAACUGCAUCAC